CGGUAGCUAGCCAUACACCGUUAGACUGUGGCCUGUCGGAAACUGUUUUCUGUUAAUGAUGCUAAGGGCAGGUGUUCGGCAGACAGGAGUGAAGGACACUGUGUGCAACUUAGCCAGCUAGUCCUAAGGAGGACUCCGGUACACAGCAGACAGGGGCGACACUGUGUGCUAGCUAGCACAUGGUGUCACUAACUAUCAAGCUAGUGUAACCGGUGUGAAAUGGCUAGCUAGUUAGUGGGGUGUGCGCUAAUAGCAUUUCAAUCAGUGAUGUCACUCGCUCUGAGACCUUGAAGUAGUUGUUUCCCUUGCAGAUUUUGUGGAGCGAUAGGUAAAGAUGCUUCAAGGGUGACUGUUGUCAAUGUGUACAGAGGGUCCCUGGUUCGAAGCCAGGUAGGGGAGAGGAACGGAAGCAAAAAUGUUACAUUGGUGCUGUUGACCUGUAUCACUGGUUGCUGCAGAAAAGGAGGAAGUCAAAAGGGGUUUGUCACCUCAGUGGUGGCUUGCUCACCUGGUGAAAUGAAACAAGAAAUCAAUGGCAAGAAAGAAACCGUUAAAGGCUUCAAUGUCAAGCUCCAAGACACCAUAUUGUUUCCUGAGGGAGGUGGUCAGCCAGAUGACCACGGGCUGAUUGGAGAUGUGCCGGUGCUGCGGGUGACGAGGCAGGGAGCUGAGGCUGUGCACUUUGUGAGUUCAGCUCUAGAGGUGGGCCAGGAGGUGCAGCUGAAGGUGGACUGGGAGCGGAGGUUUGACCACAUGCAGCAACACUCAGGGCAACAUCUAAUCACAGCUAUUGCAGAAUCCAUGUUUGGGUACAAGACCACAUCCUGGGAGUUGGGGCGUCAGCGCAGCACCAUAGAGCUGGACACUCCCUCCAUGAAGCCUGCCCAGAUGGAGGCCCUCGAGGCAGCAGUCAAUGAGAAGAUACGUGCUCAUGUUCCCGUCGCUGUUCAGGUCCUCUCCUUAGAUGACCCUGCAUUGGAACAGGUGAGGAGUCGCGGUCUCCCGGACGACGCAGCGGGGCCUAUCCGGAUCAUCGACAUCGAGGGCAUUGACGUCAACAUGUGCUGUGGGACCCACGUGUCCAACCUCAGUCACUUACAGGUCAUAAAACUCCUGGCGACUGAGAAAGGAAAGAAGAACAAAACUAAUCUGUUAUUUCUAGUGGGAAACCGGGUCCUGAAGUAUGCUGAGAAAAGCUACAGCACAGAACGCUCACUGGUAUCCCUCCUCAAAACGGGCCCAGAUGAUCAUGUUGAUACAGUGGACAAGAUCCAGAAGACUGUUAAGGGUCUACAGAAAAGUAACCUGGGCCUACUGAGAGACGUGGCUGUUCUAAUAGCCCAGAACUUCAAGUCCAACCCAGAGAGGGGCAACUUCUUUACCUUACACAAGAAGGAGGGUGACAACGAGUUCAUGAGCAUCAUAGCCAAUGAAAUAGGCACUGAGGAGACGUUGGUUUUCCUGACUGUUGGAGAGGAGAAAGGACCAGGGCUGUUCCUGCUGGCAGGACCCAGUGGGAAAGUGUCUGAACUGGGACCACGAGUGCUGGAGAUGCUCCAGGGCAAAGGGGCUGGGAAGAACGGGCGCUUCCAGGGCAAAGUAAACAGCAUGGCACGCCGAGGGGAGGUGGAGACCCUAAUACAGGAACACUGCAAGAAUGAGCAGUAAUGGAUGACUGGAAACUCAAGCACAUGAUGACCACAACUACAUACAGACAACAUAGGUGACCCACUGCAGUUCUCGACCAGCUUUCCUAGUAGGUUGACAUUUAUUCCGCUAGAUAGGCCAGCUGAAUAGUCAAAAUAGGCUAUAUUGUAAAAUUAAUAAAAAGAAAAAUGAGCUUUUUUGGUCUUAAUUUAAGGUUUGGGUUAGCGGUGUGGUUAGGUUUAAAAUCAGGUUUGAUGACUUUGUGGCUGUGCCUGCUAGUGACCACUCUAGAACUAUGCAAAAUACAUCACAAUAAAUUCCAACAUGUGCUUUGCUAAGUAAUGAUACUUCUGACCUCGGUGUACAGUCUACAUAGAGUGUACAAAACAUUAAGAACACCUUGCUAAUCAGUUGCACCCCCCCC